AUGCGCACAACACAACCCCCCCCCAGUCGAUGUAAGCGAUGGCGAAAUUCCUGACUUUUGUGCGAAGGAGCAGGCUCGGAUGGGAAGUUAUCUCGGUAGAUUUCGCAGUUUAGGGCCGACAUCAUCGACACUCGGUCGCUUUGCUCGUCACUUGUAUGUUUUUUUUAAAGGCGUAGUCAAACGGUCGUCGUCGUCGUCCCACCACCACAACAACAACAACAACAACAACAAGCGAAGCAAAAGCACCAUCAUUCAUCAUCCUCGCUAACUGUUAGCAUUAGUUAGGCUAACUAGCGGCUAGCAUGUCACACAUCGCCGUGGCUUGUGUUUAUCUGGGCAGCUAGCGAGUUCAAUCAGGUGUUGCCAGAAAGUAGUAGUAGUAGCAGGGGUCGUCGCUGACGGUGUACAUUUUUUUGUUUGUUUGUUUGAGGGAGGGGGUGGGUGUGAGGAAGAUCUGCGUAAAGAUUCAUCAUCAGUCAAGUCUGCUGCUGCUGCUGUGUCGACUGACUUGAGAGUACCUCUCCAGUGGUGUGAAUGAGGGAGACAUGGCAGACCACACCCCACCUCUGGAGUCCGGCCAGCUUCUCAGCUCUGAACUCCCACUCCUGGCCUCACCACCACCCCAAGCCAUGGUCAACGGGGAGGGUCCCCAGCAGGUAAUCCUGGUGCAGGUAAACCCAGGUGAGGCCUUCACUAUUCGACGAGAGGAUGGUCAGUUUCAGUGUAUCACAGGUCCUGCUCAGGUUCCCAUGAUGUCUCCAAAUGGUUCAGUGCCUCCAAUCUAUGUGCCUCCUGGAUACGUUUCACAGAUCAUAGAAGAGAACGGCGUGCGGCGGGUUCUGGUUUUACCUCAGCAACCAGAGUUCCACCCCGGGGGCCACUCCCCUCUCCACCACCCUCCACCUCCACCCCAUGCCCACCUGCCUGCCUUCAUCCCUCACCCUGCCAUGAUGCCCCCGCCACCCCACCUGUACACGGGUAUGCCGGGCGGCGUGGGCGACAUGAGCUCUCAGUACAUCUCCCAGUACCAUCCAGCUCAUAUCUACUCAGAGCAGGUCUCUGCAGAUUCUCACUCCCAACACGGACGCCCCACGUUCGUUCACCGAGACGACAGAACGUGCAAAACAUACGAGCGUCUGCAGAAGAAACUAAAGGACCGUCAGGGAGGUGGAGGAGGAGGGCAGGUGAAGGACAGCCCUCCCUCUUCACCGCAGAAGACUUGCAGCAGCCCUAUGACUGUUGACAUUCACAACGGCGUCGGCGGGAAAGGGCUGGAGGCGGAGCAGGGACAGCUCAGCCACGCAGUGGCCGGCCCCGACAAGCAGGCAGGCAGGGGCAAAAACGGAGAGUCAGGAGAGCUGGAUGAGGAAGCUCAGGCCCUGCAAGCACUGUUGAGUACCAUCAGCAAACCAGUGGUGUCGGACAUCCAGGCAAGGGAAGCAGUAGUGACCUGGAGUGCGCCCACCAAGCCAGAGAGUGAGAACGGCAGUGCGGAGGAUGACUGCAGCCCCCAGGAGCCCUUCAGCUACGAGGUGUCCAUCUCGUUUAGCGGCAAGGAUGGAAAGUACAAGAGCAUGUACUGUGGGGAAGAACUAAGUGCUACUUUUGAAGACCUUCGACCAGCAACGGACUAUCAUGUCAGGGUCCAGGCCAUGUGUAACUGUUUACAGGGAAGCCCGUCAGAGGCUGUGAGCUUCACCACUUUAAGCUGUGAGCCAGAUCCUCCAAAUCCUCCCAGGAAGGCCAGCGGGACCAAGAACACACUCGUACUCCAGUGGAAGGCUCCAUGUGACAAUGGUUCCAAAAUCCAAAACUACCAUCUUCAAUGGGAUGAGGGCAAGGGCACUGGGAUUUAUGAACAGUGCUACUAUGGACCUCAGAAGCAGUACAGAGUGACCAAGCUCUCACCAGCUUCAAGAUACUCCUUCCGCCUUUCAGCCAAAAAUGACAUGGGUGUGAGCGAGUUCAGUGAAGUGGUGGACCUGUUCACCUCAUGCAGUGUGCCAUUGCCACCCUUCCCUCCAGAGCUGGAGAUGGCGGGGGUGACCUGGCUGUGUCUGAAGUGGCAGAGGCCCACUAGCUCUCCAAAGGAGGACGACAUCUUCUAUAUUUUGGAGAUGGAGGAGGAAGGCUCGGGAUACGGCUUCCAGCCAAGCUACGACGGGGACGAACUCUCCUGCACCAUCAGGAAUCUCCACAGGAGUACCAAGUACAAGUUUAGGGUGGCGGCAUACAACUCGGAGGGGAAGAGUAACCCGAGCCAGGUGGUCGAGUUCAUCACAAAUCCAGACAGACCCGGCAGCCCCUGCAGGCCUGUCAUCAGAGGAAGAGUCCUGCCCAACAGCUUCAAGAUGGCCUGGGAGCCACCGAAAGAUAACGGCGGAGCAGAAGUCACAAAGUAUGUCGUGGAGCUGUCUGAAGGCUUAAGCGGCUUGUCAUGGGAGCUGGUUUACUCAGGGCCUGCGAUGGAGCACGUGUGCGAAGGCUUGAAGCCCGGCUGCUCCUACCAGACGCGAGUUUACUGCAUGAGCGAGGGGGGACAGAGCCCGCUUUCGGAGACCCUGCAGGUCCAGACUCCCGCAGUGCCCCCAGGGCCCUGCCAGCCCCCUCGGCUGGUGGGCAAGCCCAAAGCCAGGGAGGUGCAACUGCGCUGGGGUCCCCCUCAGAUAGACGGAGGCAGCCCAGUGUCCUGCUACAGCGUAGAAGUGAGUGGGCCGCAGUCUGAGGAGAGCAGGGAGGUUUACCAGGGUCCAGAUCUGGACUGCUCAGUGGGAGGCUUAUUGCCUGGUAAAACCUACAGCUUCCGGCUCAAAGCGGCAAACAAGGCUGGGUUCGGACCUCUUUCAGAGCGCUUUGAGGUUACAACUGGCCCCGGGGCCCCAGAGCAGUGCAAGGCUCCUUCCACCACAUGCAAAUCGCCCAGCUGUGUUGUUGUUAGCUGGGAGGCGCCUCCUUGCAAUGGAGCUCCGGUGACAGAGUUUCGUGUCGAGUGGGGAGCCGCCGAGGGCAGCAUGCAGGUGUGUUACAGUGGACCAGGGCUCAGCCACGAAAUGAAGGGGCUGCUGCCUGCAACCAACUACUUCUGCCGGGCACAGGCUGUGAAUGUGGCCGGCGUGGGGCCCUUCAGCGAGGCAGUGUUGUGCCAGACGCCCUGCUCCGUGCCCGCGGCCGUCAGCAACAUCUACGCGCUGAAGGAGUCCGAGCUGCAAAGGUACGAGACUUCAGUGGACGUAGAUGAAGACGAGGAAGACGAGGACGCCGUUUCCAGGCCGCCACCGUUCUACUCUCCGUCCACCUGCCUGGGCAUCUGCUGGGACCCCCCGUGUGAUCACGGCUCCGAGAUCACUUCCUACCUGGUUGACCUCGGAGAGCGGCAGCCCAUCAAUAUUGGUCCCGUCACCAAACACAUCAUCCAGCACCUGCAGCCUGACACCAGCUACAGGAUCCGAAUCCAAGCCCUGAACAGCCUGGGAGCAGGCCCCUUUAGUCACACCUUCAAGCUGAAGACAAAGCCCCUUCCCCCGCAGCCACCCCGCCUGGAGUGCACCGCCUUCAGCCAUCAGACCCUCAGGCUGAAGUGGGGCGACGGUCCAGCCAAAGCCGCCACCUCAGAUGCCCUCCAGUAUCAGCUGCAGAUGGAGGACAAGAACGGCAGAUUUAUAUCCUUGUAUAAAGGACCAUGCCACACACACAAAGUCCAGAGGCUUAAUGAGUCUACCUCUUAUACGUUCCGCAUCCAGGCCUUUAAUGAGGCGGGCGAAGGGCCCUUCUCCAAUGUUUACACAUUCACCACCCCACGCUCUCCUCCAGCCCCUGUGAAAGCCCCUAAAGUGGAGCGACUGGAUGACAACUCCUGCGAGGUCACAUGGGAGGCCCUGCAGCCCAUGAAGGGAGACCCGAUCCUCUACGCGCUGCAGUGUAUGAUGGGAAACUCUGACUUUAAACAGGCCUACAAAGGCUCUGCCACAUCCUUCCAUGUCCAGAACCUGCAGCCUAGCAGCGACUACCGUUUCCGGGUGUGCGCUAUCAGGCAGUGCCAGGACGCCCCGGAGCUGAGCGGUCCAUACAGCCCCACAGUGACCCUCACGCCCCAGCGGAACGACCUCGCGUUGAGCGGCGGCGCGGCCGGCUUGGGGUCCAGGGCCAGCACGGAGUCCAACCGAGCCAGACGAAGCCUGACGGACGAGCAGUGCGCUUUCCUCCUCCUCAUGGUCUUCGCCGUCAUCGCCAUUCUCAUCGCUUUCGUCAUCCAGUACUUUGUCAUUAAAUGAGCAGUUUGCGCCGCCCAGCUGCAGGGUUAUAGCUUUAUUCUUUCCCCCUCUCUCUCUCUCUCUCUCUCUCUCCCUCUCUCUGUUGUUUUUGUAUUCUUUGUUUUGUACUUAUUGUUUUCUGUUGUCGACAGAGUAAUCGUGUUAGGCACAUUGCGGUGCAGCAGAGCUGGUAAGUGAGAGCUGAGAAGCCGUUAAAAAAACGAGGAUAAUAACACCUUCUUCUUCUUCUUCUCCUUCUUCUUCCUUCCUGACUCUCCUGCCUUUUGUCACCUCGUCCCAAUCUUGUGGUGUCUGUUCAGAUUUCUGUUCCCGUCAUGAUCCGCUUCCUCAGUAGGAGCAGAGAAAAGGUUUAAUUUGAGGAGAGGGGUCAGGGAGGAAGGGGCGCUUCGACUCAUGUACUUGUUGAUUACGGUGUGUGCAUGUGUACAUAUACAUGUAGAUAUAUAUCUAUGUGCAUAGAUAUACACACACACACACACACAUAUAUAUGUAUGUGUAUAGAAAUAGUCAUUAUUUAUAUUUCCAUUGAUGUGUCCAGUAUGAAACUGUUUUUUGAUAGAUGUGUUCCUGAAAAUAGUAUGUAGGUGUGUCAUUAGCCUAUGUGCUAUUUGAUCCUGGGACCUGGUUGGGCCAGUGUUUGCACAGUGGGGUGUGUGUGUGUGUGUCCAGAUGUGUAUACUGUAUGUAGUUAGUGCCACAGAGGUACACGGCUGGGAGGGCUUUCAGGGCCAGAUGAAGGGACUUUACCCCCGCGCCCCCUGCUGGAGUUUAAAGGGGUGUUUAGUGAGAAAGGAAACGGGAAAAAAUUUCAGAAAAUCUUGUUCACAUUAUAGAACGUUCAUUUAGCACUUUCCAACCCUUUUUGAUGUUCAGAAUGUUUAAGGAUGCAAAAAUGACUGGAGAAAUGUUAGUAUAUUUUUGUACAGUGAAGACACAAAAAGGACCUGUAAGUUUGAGGAAAAAAAAUAAAAAAAGAAGAAGCUCAGUAUAAAGUUAGAAAACAAACAAAAACCAAACUAACAGUGAAUUCUAAUUAUUUUUACUAUCAUAUAGUUAUACUGCUGCUUUACUCCGAAAUAUUGUUGUUCAGCACAAAAAAUGUACGCUUACCUGUAUGUUUUGUUUUAUUUCGUUUCUGUUUUUUUCCCCCCUCCCAGUAAUUGAUUUUUUUUUUUUGCACCUUAGUGAAAGAAAAACCUUGACUAACUGUGUCUUGGUCUUGUGAUGCAUUUUAUAGAACACACUUUGAGAUUGUGCAAGCCCUACUUGUGUUUUGGGUGUUUUAAAAGUUGUAGUACCACAUGACGUGUCACUGAAACAGCUGAUCUAUCUCAGCCAAAAAUGGAAAAAAAACAAAAAAAAAACAUUAAAGAAGAAAAAACGAGUUUAAAAAAAGAAGAAGGAAAAAAAAAACAGAAGUAUGUACCAGUUGUUUCAGAGGCCUUAAUUGGAGAGGAAAAAAAAUCUCUGGAGAAUUUUGUUAAUUUCUCUUAAGUCUUGAUGUUUUUUUUUCUUUUAGUGUUAGAAAACACUAAAACGUGUUUUAUUUACUUUUAUUUUUUGCAACAUUUAUUUGAUGUUUAGUUAUCAUACGUAAUCAGGAGAGGAAAAAUGGAAAAGUAGUUCAGUGUAUUACUUAUGAUUUAUUCUGAUUUUUCCUUUUGUCAAGUUAUACAAUGUGUGAAGUAUAUUUUUUUAUAUAAUAUUGAAGUAAUAUAAGUUAAUACUCUCCAGAGAAAAAUAAUAAAUCCUGAGUACUCAUGAAUCAUGGAACGCAAACGGCAGAUACAAAAAUGUGUUAUAUCAUGUACUUCCUGUGAAUCUAAAUUUGCCUUUUCUCUCUGUGUGUUAAGUAUUUGUAACAGAUUGCUAACACUGAGUUCUCAGAGGUAAUCUGACUGUAGGGUCUAGUGUUGUUUGGUUUUUGGGCAGAUUAAUUGCUGUUGCAACCAUAAAAAUGAAAUACAGGUACCUUGCAAAACGUCUUGGAUAAUUACAUGAUUUGGUCUUUCGGACAUUCUGCAAAAUGUCUUCUCUUUGUCAUUUAAAGAAUUCAAAUUCCUAUUUUUGAUAGCGAUUGCAACGUGUGCCAUUUUAAACACCUCUUCACGCCGGGCUCACUACCUGUGGUCGAAGAGAUUAACAAAAUGCUACAAAAAUGAGUAAAAAUAUGCACAAAAAUAGAGACCAUUUUUAUGUAAUUUUAAUGUUUGCAGUUACCUCAUACACCGUACAUUCCAAAAUGAAAAUUUGUUAUACUAUACAUACUACCAGACAUAUCACUUUAAAAUGUUCGUUAUGGGAAAAAAUGUAUAAUCAUAGAUAUGUAUCUAAAGUGUAUCUGUAUAGCCAUGAUAUCUACAAAGGAUCCAUGCACAAUAAAAGAUUUAUAAUUCUUAA